GUGAGGGUGACGCUGAGCUGCCGGGUGGCGCUGGUGCGGCAGGACGGUACGGCCGCGGCGGUGUUUUCCGUGCCUGAUGGCGGGGGCGGCGGAGGCACCUCCAUGUACGGCGCCUCCAUGUCCCGGCGGCGCAGUCAGGAACUGGUGCUGGUGGAUGCCACGGGGACGGGGGGCAGCAGCUUUUGUGGCAAGUCCACGGGAGACUACUACAUGACAGUCGACCGGGACAGUUUGCUCACCGGGGCCAGCCGGGGUGCCUUCGCAACCGCACCCGGCCCCCUCAGCGCCUCCGCCACCCCCACCACCGGCCGCAGCCCCCACAUGGGGAUCCAUCCGAGUGGGGCACCAGCGGGGGGCGGCACCAGCGGCGGCGCUGCUGGGGGCUGCCGGGCGCAGAGCCUUCCACUGCAAC